AUGGAUAAAGGUGAAAAGCCCUUUCGCUAUGAGGCUAUGUGGAAAUCACACCCCAAUUUUGAUGAAUUUGUUUUAAAAAAUUGGAGUCCUUCUAAUUCAUUUUCUGCAUCACUCAAUUCUCUUGCUGUCAAUUUGAAAAAAUGGAAUAACGAUGUCUUCGGCAAUGUGUUUAAGAGAAAAAGAAAAGUCCUAAACAGAAUCAAUGGUAUCCAAAAAGCUUCGACCUACGGCAGAAAUCCCUUUCUCAAAGACUUGGAGCAGCAACUUGUUACAGAGCUUGAAGAAAUUUUGAAUCAAGAAGAAACACUCUGCCUUCAAAAAUCUAGACAGAAUUGGAUUGUUGACAGAGAUAGAAAUACAAGGUAUUACCAUACAAAAACAGCCAUAAGAAGGAAGAAAAAUAGAAUCCUUAAGCUUCGAAAAAGUGAUGGGCAAUGGUGUGACCAACAAGAGAGAGUUAUGGAGAUGGUAAUGAAUUUUUUCAAAGCCCUUUACCAAGAAGAGAAUGGCAACUGCACCUUCCUUAAUACGAUUUUCACUUUUCCAGAACUCCGUAAAGAUCUUAAAGAUGUCCUUUCUAUUCCUCCUUCAUACACUCAGAUUCAAAAAGCGUUGUUUGACAUUAGGUCCUUGAAAGUCCUUAGGGAGGAUGGUUUCCCAGCCCUCUUCUAUAAGGAGAAUUGGAAUGUAAUAAAAGGUUCGUUUAUCCCUUUUAUUUUACAACUCUGGCAUAACCCUAGGAUUAUUGAAUCCAUCAAUCAAACUCUCGUCACUCUGAUUCCUAAGGUUCCUAAUCCAGAAUUUGUCUCGCAAUUUCGGCCUAUAGCACUUGUAAUGUUGCUUAUAAGACCAUCACUAAAAUUGUGA